AUGAGGCUGGGAAGCAUCAUUUUAUUCGUGGCUCUCUGCUCCUUCAGCGCAUAUUAUGUGUAUGAACCCAUUCCCGAGGAUAUUGAGGAGAGAUGGAAACUCAUGCUGACUGACACUUUCUUCAGAAGUCUCAGCCACCUGGCGGACUUCUGUGAAUUAUUAGGGAUAAAGGACUACAUGGGAGUGAUGUACUUCAUAACUCUGAUUGAAAACAUUGUGCCUAUUUCGGACAAACACGUCAAUGUGACCGUGGAAAAUUUCGACGGUGUUGAAGUGUUGCUUUACCAACCUAAGCAGCAAAGUGGCGACACAGAACUCAGGAGGGCUGUCAUAUACCUACAUGGGGGAGGAUGGUGUCUGGGGAGCUCUCACAUGAGUCCAUAUGAUCUCCUUGCCAGAAAGGUAGCUACCGAGCUGAAUGCAGUAAUUCUCUCCGUAGAGUAUCGCCUCGCCCCUGUUCACCACUUCCCUGUUCCCUAUGAGGAUGCCUAUCGUGUGGUCAAGCACUUUCUUCAGAUAGGGGUCCUUGCUCGGUACUCUGUGGACCCAGGGCGCAUCGCAGUGUCCGGGGACAGUGCUGGGGGGAAUCUGGCAGCUGCCGUCUCCCAACAGUUACUGAAGGACCCGACACAAAAGGUUCAGUUGAAAGCUCAAGCCCUCAUCUACCCUGUACUCCAGGCACUGGACCUCAACACGCCAUCUUAUCAGCAGAAUCAAGACAUGCCCAUAUUGCCACGUACCCUCAUGGUACGAUUUUGGAGUGAGUACUUAACAAGCGACAAAGCCUUUUUCAGAGCCAUGAUGGCCAACGCCCACAACAACCUCGAGUCUUCUGGCAUGCUCAAGUUCGUCAAUUGGAGCACUUUACUGCCUGAAACGUAUCACGGGAAAUACAACUACAGUGCCCCGGCUGUGGGUCUGGGUGAGGCAAAGUUAGCAAUCGAAACCAGUGGAUCUCUAAUUGACCCAAGAGCAUCUCCUCUUCUGGUUCCGGAUGCUGCCUUGCGUUCUCUACCUAAAGCCUACAUAAUAACAUGCGAGUACGACGUCCUCCGAGACGACGGGAUCAUGUACGCCACGCGUCUCCGCACAGCCGGUGUGGAGGUGACGCAUGAACACUAUGAAUCAGGAUUUCAUGGCGCGUUGAUGUUUACAUUGUGGCCGAUGGACUUCCUCCUUGCACAUCGUAUGAUGGACAACUACACGGAGUGGCUAAAGGAAAAUUUGUAA